ACCUCAGAGGUGUGCCCAGUAGUGCCAGCAAGUGCCAGAGACAUGAUCCAGCUGAAAAAGUGGCAACACUGGGUAAAAGUCACACUUGACGCCCCCCAAAUCUCCUCUAAACAAUAAACAAUUUUCCAGUUUCCGAAAAAUUGUCGAUGUGUCCAGAAGUUGCCUCGUCUUCUCCUUGAUUGUAAAAUUCCCAUAAGUUCAGAAACACAGUUCGAAAUAGUUGGGAUUGUUCGGAAUAUGAGGAAAGAGUGCAUCACAGGUGUUGUUCAUUGAAAUGUGUGAAUAACCUCCUCGAUAGGAACAUUAUUCAAUCGUUUAUCGAGACAAUCUGGUGAAGUUAUGCUUGAAAAAUGGAGAGUAUGGAGGCAAAGAUCAAUGGGAUUUACUCAACCAGUGGAGUGAAAGUCAUCCCUCCACAUUCAGAGGCUCCAAAUGCCUUCCCCGACAUUCCAGAAGCAGCUCAGUGGUGGAGAGACACUAGUGACCUCGAGGUUCAUCAGUCGCUGGAGGAUCCCAUGAAUUCUGGGAAAGGGGAGGGUUCCUGCGAGGCCGAGGACAGCUCAGACUUGCAGCAGAAUGUGGAGGAGUCCGAGAAGAUUGCUGCAAGGAAGAGGAGGCCUGGAUCCUCUGGCAGCGCCGAGCUCACUGAUAACCGAGGGAGGGUGAAAAAUCCAGAAAAUUGGAAGGUGAAUCUCAAGAAAAAUGCCAGACUGAGGGGCGAGGAGUACGUUGGAGGAGGAGGUAAAAUAGUUCCAGCAAAGGUGAUGGGGCCGCCCUGCGACUGUCGGUCGCGUUGUGGUGACAAAGUUGACGAGGAAAGUCGUGCAAAGCUCCACGAGGUCUUCUGGAAGACCUGCAACUGGGACCAGAGGAAGCAGUACGUGGCCCUCUCAGUGAAGGAGUCGCCGAAGCAUCGAACCCGAGCCCGAGGCAAGGAUCGAACAGAGACGAGAAGACACGUCACCUUCACGUACUCCCUCCUGGUGAACGGCGAGUGCAUCACAGUCUGCAAGCCAAUGUUCCUGUCCACCUUCUCAGUCUCCGAGAAAUUCGUUCGUCACGCCAUGGAGAAGAAGAGGAUCUCCCCCGGGGGAAUAAUCGGUCCUGAUCAGAGGGGCAGGCACACCCCCAAGACGAAGAAGAGUGAGGACGUGAGGAAUCGAGUGAGGGAGCACAUCCAGUCAUUCCCGACGUUCAAGAGUGAAAACCCCAGGGAGAGGAAGAGAUACCUGGAGGCUCAUCUCAAUAUUGCUGCUAUGCACAAACUCUAUGUGCAAAAGUGCGAGGCUGAGGGCGUACCUCAGAGUGAUAUCGUGAAGGAGAGUUAUUACAGAGAGAUGUUCAGGAGUGAAUUCAAUUAUGGGUUCAAGGCACCUCCUGUUUGUGGGGAGAAAAAGUGAAGGGAAUAUUCAGUGAAAAGUAUUGAGUUUUGUUCUUCAUCGAUGGGGGAUUAUUCGAGAGGUGGACUCGUUGGUGAUAAGUAAUUAUUCCUUCUUUCAUUUUCGUGAUGAUCAUUGAGGAGUAAUACGGUUGAUUAAGGAGGAUUCAGUGGUGGAGUGGUGGGACAGGAUUGAUUGAUUUCACUUGAUGUUUAGAUUGUGGGAGUUAUUUCACAAUUUUAUAUCAAAUUGUUUUUUAUUUGUACAGAAAAAUUAGAGAUGCAGAGAAAGUCCUUACGAAAAUCUUGCUUCCAAAUUCGUUACUCAUGUCAAAUUUAAUUUGAUGAUGAAGUUCGAUGGAAGCUACGUCCCAUUUUACCACUUCACUACUGAAUUGACUAUGUGUUUCAACAAUUUGUGAAGUAAAAAUGUUGUAGUGAGCAACUGAAAAUGUUUAAAUGGUCUUAAUAAAAUUAUAAGUUUUUUAAAAUCUAA